AUGCUAAAAAGUUCUCGGAAGAAAAUUCCUCCUGUGCCAAUUGGUACUACUGUUAGAAUCCCUGUUCCGGAAGUCGACAGAGGUCACGGUGAUGCUAGCAAUCUAUUAGCUGUAGUUUUACAAAAAACAGAUGACGAACUUUACAAAAUUGGAACAAAGCAAGGUGUUGUAAAGACGUUGUAUUCAAGACAGCAUUUUGAAAGGGUGUCCCUAAUGAAGAAACGAUGCCCCGAGGGAUUUGUCAAAUAUAUGUAA